AUGGUGGCUUCGCCCGCAGACCUGGACGGGCGGCUGCGCCAGGGCGAGUACACGGUGGACAUGAUGCUGACGGUGCACAGCUGGGUCGUGCCCUCGGCUGAGCUGGUCAGGGGUCACACACACACAUGCAUGGGAGGUCACACAUGCGUGUGGGGGUGCGCAGGCUGUGUCCUGCGGGCCGGCUGGGCUGAGCCCCCCCUGGGUGUGGGCCCCCCCCAGCACAAGGUCUCGCUGCUCCUGGACCACCUGGAGGUGGGCAAGCUGGCCCGGCACCUCAGCGGCCUCGAGCACCGCGCCUUCUGCCGCCUCUCAUGCCAGGACUGCCGGCGAUACGUCCAGCGGGGGGGGGGGGGGGGGGGCGUGGGGACCCCCGCCCUGGAGCAAGCCAUCGCCCUCUGCAAUGGGGUCUGCCGGUGGGUGCAGCUCAUGGUGCUGAGCCGCCCCACGGCCCCCCAGCGCACCAAGGUGGUCGCCAAGUUCACCUGCAUCUCCCAGGAGCUGCGGGAGCUGCAGAACUUCAACACACUGAUGGCAGUGGUGGGGGGGCUCUGCCACAGCUCCAUCUCCCACCUGAAGGCCACCCAGGCCCUGCUGCCCCCCGAGGUGGCCAAGGUCCUGGGAGCGAUGGCGGAGCUGGUGUUGUCGCGAGGGAAUUUCGGGGCGUACCGGUGGGCGUUCGGGGGGUGCUGGGGGUUCCGGCUGCCGCUGCUGGCCGUGCACCUCAAGGACCUGGCGGCGCUGGACGCAGCGCUGCCGGGGGUCCUGCCCGGGGGGGGGCUCAACCUCCCCAAACUCCAUGGCCUCUACCAGCACGCCCUUGACCUGCGGGCCCUCCAGCGCCUCGCCCCCCCCUUCCGCACGGACCCCCCACCUCCUGCGCCUGCUGGCUGUGAGACUGGGGGCGCCAGGUGGGGGGGGCUGCAAGGGGUGGGGGUGCUAAGGGGGGGGGGCAAGCAAGGGAGCAAGGGGGGGGUCCUGCAAGGAGUGAGGGUGGAUGCUAAAGGGCUGUCCCUGGACACGGCGCACACCGAGGAGGAGCUGUACGUGCUCUCGCACACCCGCGAGCCCCCCAGCCCAAAGGCCACGCCCCCCCUGACCGACAAGACCCCCAGGGAUGGCGAGUGGGGCCCCCCCGGUACCCCCAAAGCUGAGCCCCGCAGUUGUGCCCCCCCGACACCCCCGAGGUGGAGCCGGUGGAGCGGGAUGGGGCUACCGCUGCCAGGGGAGCGGGACCGGUUGCUGGAGAAGAACCGCCGGCUCCGCCCCGCCCCUCUCCCCCCCGCGCUGGGGGCCCUGCGCGCGCUGCGCCUGCGCGACCCGCCCCUCCCCCCGGACUGA